CAAAACACAACGCCCAUAGAAACUAAGCAUAGAGAAAUAGCGCCAACAAAUUAAAUGGGCCCUUUUCACAUCCCCAGUACAAGUGGUCCUCGCAAGUUUUAUCACCUUGUGCUCUUCCAUGUGCACCCGUUCUGGAUCCAACUCUUGUACUUCCUUUCCAUCUCCGUCUUGGGUUUCUUGAUGCUGAGAGCUCUGCCCAUGAAGUCCAUCUCCGUCCCUAGGCCCUCGGCUCUCGACCUAGUCUUCACGUCCGUGUCAGCGACGACAGUCUCCAGCAUGGUCGCCGUCGAGAUGGAAUCCUUCUCCAACUCCCAGCUCCUCCUCAUGACCCUCCUGAUGCUCCUCGGCGGCGAGGUGUUCACAAGCAUGCUUGGUCUCCACUUCACCUUCACCAAGUUCAUCAAGAAGAGAGAAAUACCUCAUAGUAAUAAUAAUAGUCUCCAUGGUAAUAUCAAUGGACCGGCACCGGCGGCACCUAGUAGCUUAGAGCACGGUCACCGUCGCCGUCCCAUGGAGAUGGAAGCCCAGGCCGCCGCCGUCCAAAUGGAGCUAGCAGGGUUCAACAACGACGACCAACGUGAUUUUGCAUCCAUAGCUAGGCUGCUAAUGUUCAUCGUGCUUGGCUACCUCUCGGUGGUGCACCUCGCCGGCUACACGCUCAUUCUAAUCUACCUCAGCGUGGUCGGCAGCGCGAGAGAAGUGCUGGUCGGCAAGAGGAUCAGCCUGAGCACCUUCUCCGUCUUCACGGUCGUCUCGACGUUCGCGAACUGUGGCUUCGUGCCAACGAACGAGGGGAUGGCGUCCUUCAAGUCCUUCCCGGGCAUGCUCCUCCUCGUCAUGCCACACAUCCUCCUCGGGAACACGCUCUUCCCCGUCUUCCUCAGGCUCUCCAUUACAGCGCUCGAGAGGGUCACCAGGAGGGGAGACCUCCGCGAGCUGCUGAGGGACGGAGGACCCGGCGGCGGCGGCGGCGGCGGCGGCGGACCAGCUGCUGCUGCUAUAGGCUACGACCACCUGCUGCCCGGAGGCCGCACAUGGUGCCUGGCUCUCACCGUGGCGGUGUUCCUGGCGGGGCAGCUGCUGCUCUACUGCGCCAUGGAGUGGGGCUCCGAUGGGCUUCGAGGGCUCACCGCGUUCCAGAAGCUCGUUGCCGCGCUCUUCAUGUCCGUCAACUCCAGGCACUCCGGCGAGAUGGUUGUCGACCUCGCCACCGUGUCGUCCGCCAUCGUCGUGCUCUAUGUGCUCAUGAUGUAUCUACCGCCUUACACCACAUUUUUACCCAUAGCGAUGGAAGACCACCAGCAGCAGCAAAAUGAGGCACAAUCCGACGACAAGAGCAAGAGCAGCAGCAGUAUUAGCAUCUGGCAGAAGCUGCUCAUGUCCCCGCUCUCGUGCCUAACCAUCUUCAUCGUCGUCAUCUGCAUCACCGAGCGCCGGCAGAUCGCUGACGACCCAAUCAACUUCAGCGUCCUCAACAUCGUCGUCGAAGUCAUCAGUGCGUAUGGCAAUGUGGGAUUCAGCACCGGGUACAGCUGCAGCAGGCAGGUGACGCCCGACGGCAGCUGCAGGGACGCGUGGGUUGGCUUCUCCGGCAAGUGGAGCAGGGAAGGGAAGCUCACGCUCAUGGCCGUCAUGUUCUACGGCAGGCUCAAGAAGUUCAGCAUGCAUGGGGGUCAGGCAUGGAAGCUAGGCUAAAUCAAAGUGUCAAGAUGACGUAGCAGGAGCUGCGGGAGGAUUUGAAAGGAGACGUUGGCAGGAACGGUUGGCGAGUGCAGAGUGUGGUCACCACGCGCACGUCGUCGCUCUGUGUGAGCAAUUUGUUUUAGCCGACAUGUAUCUUGUUAUUUCAAAUUGUGUUGUGUAACCAGGUGUUUCCACUAAUGGUAUAAGUAGUCAGAUGUAAUAGGUGUGAGUUAGCGCCUGUGAUAUAUUUGUAAUCGUGUGAACAUUCAGUUGCCAAGGUGAAAAGGGGAGCCGACACCCUGUCGCCCUCUUGUGUUCA